CGAAGGCGAGCGCCAGGCGGCGACAUGGGGAACGCGGAGCUGGCUCAGUGGCCCCGGAACUUGCGGCCCGUGCCCGCGUUGCUGCUGCUUGCUACCGCAGCUGCGCUGCUGGCCAUGCCGGGCGCGCGCGGGCGCCCAGCUGAAGAGGACGAAGAGUUGGUGCUGCCGGCGCUGGAGCGCGCCACCGGACACGAGACCACGCGCCUUAGCCUGGAUGCCUUUGGUCGGCGGCUGCUCUUGGAGCUGCAGCCAGACCGCGGCUUUCUGGCGCCCGGCUUCACUUUUCAGACCGUGGGGCGUAGAACAGGGCCCGAGGUGGUGCACCCGGACUCGGUCGGCGACCUGGCACAUUGCUUCUACUCCGGUACCGUGAACGGUGACCCUGGCUCAGCCGCCGCCCUCAGCCUCUGCGAGGGCGUGCGCGGCGCCUUCUACCUGCAGGGCGAGGAGUUCUUCAUUCAGCCUGCGCCCGCCGCGGCCACUGUGCGCCUAGCCCCCGCGGCUGCCGUGGAGGAGCAGCCGCAGCAGCCACAGUUCCAUCUAUUGAGAAGGAGGCGGCGGGGCGGCGGCGGCGCCAAGUGUGGGGUCAUGGACGACGAAACCCUAUCCCCGAGGCGCGCAGGGCCCGAGGGCGAGGACCCCGGGGCUCAGUGGCCGCAGCAAGACCAAGAGCCACAGCGCUUCGAACAGCCAACAGGAAAUGGAAGCAUAAGAAAGAAGCGUUUUGUAUCCAGCCCCCGCUAUGUGGAAACCAUGCUUGUGGCUGACCAAUCAAUGGCGGAGUUCCAUGGUAGUGGCCUUAAGCACUACCUUCUCACCUUGUUCUCUGUGGCGUCCAGGUUGUACAAACACCCUAGCAUUCGGAAUUCAAUUAGCUUGGUCGUGGUAAAGAUCUUGGUCAUCUAUGAGGAACAGAAAGGGCCAGAAGUGACCUCUAAUGCUGCUCUCACACUGCGAAACUUCUGCAAUUGGCAGAAGCAGCACAACCCACCCAGUGACCGGGAUCCUGAGCACUAUGACACAGCGAUUCUUUUCACCAGGCAGGAUCUGUGUGGUGCCCAAACAUGUGACACUCUAGGGAUGGCUGAUGUUGGAACUAUGUGUGAUCCCAGCAGAAGUUGCUCUGUCAUAGAAGAUGAUGGUUUACAAGCUGCCUUCACCACAGCUCAUGAAUUAGGUCACGUGUUUAACAUGCCACAUGAUGAUGCAAAACAGUGUGCCAGCAUUAAUGGUGUGAAACAAGAUUCCCACAUGAUGGCAUCAAUGCUCUCUAACCUGGACCGCAGCCAGCCUUGGUCUCCCUGCAGUGCCCACAUGAUUACAUCAUUUCUGGAUAAUGGUCAUGGGGAAUGUUUGAUGGACAAGCCCCAGAGUACCAUACAGCUACCCUCUGAUCUCCCGGGGACCUUGUAUGAUGCCAACCGGCAGUGCCAGUUUACUUUUGGGGAGGAAUCCAAGCACUGCCCUGACGCAGCCAGCACGUGCACGACACUAUGGUGCACUGGCACCUCCGGCGGCCUACUGGUGUGCCAAACCAAACAUUUUCCUUGGGCAGAUGGGACCAGCUGUGAAGAAGGAAAGUGGUGUGUUGCUGGCAAGUGUGUGAACAAGACCGACAGGAAGCAUUUUGAUACUCCUGUUCACGGAAGCUGGGGGCAAUGGGGGCCCUGGGGAGACUGUUCAAGGACCUGUGGUGGAGGAGUCCAGUAUACAAUGAGGGAAUGUGACAACCCAGUCCCAAAGAAUGGAGGGAAGUACUGUGAAGGCAAGAGAGUGCGUUAUCGGUCCUGCAACAUUGAGGACUGUCCAGACAAUAAUGGAAAAACUUUCAGAGAGGAACAAUGUGAAGCACACAAUGACUUUUCCAAAGCUUCUUUUGGGAGCGGGCCUGCAGUGGAGUGGACUCCCAAGUAUGCCGGCGUUUCCCCAAAGGACAGGUGCAAGCUCAUCUGUCAAGCCAAAGGCAUUGGCUACUUCUUUGUUUUGCAGCCUAAGGUUGUAGAUGGUACUCCAUGUAGCCCAGAUUCCACUUCUGUCUGUGUGCAAGGACAAUGUGUAAAAGCUGGUUGCGAUCGUAUCAUAGACUCCAAGAAGAAAUUUGAUAAAUGUGGUAUUUGUGGAGGAAAUGGAUCUACUUGUAAGAAAAUAUCAGGAUCAGUUACUAGUGCAAAACCUGGAUAUCAUGACAUUGUCACAAUUCCGACUGGAGCCACAAACAUUGAAGUGAAACAGCGGACUCAGAGAGGAUCCAGAAAUAAUGGAAGCUUUCUUGCCAUCAAAGCUGCUGAUGGCACAUAUAUCCUUAAUGGUGACUUUACUUUGUCCACUUUAGAGCAAGACAUUACAUACAAAGGUAGUGUCUUGAGGUACAGUGGCUCCUCUGCAGUGUUGGAAAGAAUUCUCAGCUUUAGCCCACUCAAGGAACCCUUAACCAUCCAGGUCCUUACUGUGGGCAAUGCCCUUCGACCUAAAAUUAAAUACACUUACUUUGUGAAGAAGAAGAAGGAAUCUUUCAAUGCUAUCCCUACCUUCUCAGAAUGGGUCAUUGAAGAGUGGGGCGAAUGUUCCAAGUCAUGUGGAUCAGGGUGGCAGCGAAGACUGGUGGAAUGCAGAGACAUUAAUGGGCAGCUGGCUUCAGAGUGUGCCAAGGAAGUGAAGCCAGCCAACACCAGGCCCUGUGCAGAUGUACCCUGUCCCCACUGGCAGCUGGGGGAGUGGUCCCCAUGUUCUAAGACUUGUGGGAAGGGUUACAAAAAGAGAACCUUGAAGUGUGUGUCCCAUGAUGGGGGGGUGUUGGCCAAUGAGAGCUGCGAUUCUUUAAAGAAACCUAAACAUUACAUAGACUUUUGCACAAUGGCAGAAUGCAGUUAAACAGUGUCAUUGAUGAGGGAAAAGCAAAGUGUGGAAGGGCUGAUGCACUGAGAUCGAGAAGGCUAGAGGACUCAAUGUACCUUGCAGGUCAUCAGUGAGGAGUGUCAAUGAGAUUGGAAGUAGAAAGAAAAGAAGUUAGAUCAUAUGAAUAGCCUGCCACUUACAAUUUUGAUGGGAUAGUUAAUGACGGUUAUUAGAAGAUGAUAAAGCCCCAGGGCAUUAUUAUUUAUUUUGUUAUAUCUAUUACAAGUUUUAAAAA